CAAAGGAAUCAAAGGUUGCUUCCAUGUAUAAACAGGUUUCCUCAGCAUUUAUUUGAGGCAGAGGAGGAAGAUUCGAGGAGCAGAGCAGCCUGAACUGCAGCCUUACAGACCAGCAGAAAAGUGCACAGCAAUCAUGAGUGAGACCGCAGAGAACUUGGAGAGCAGACUACGGCUCCUCAAAUGCCAUUUCACCUGGAACUUGUUAGGGGGAGAAAAUUCCUUGGAUGAUUUUGAAGGAAGAGUGUGUAACCAGACUGAGUUUCAGAACUGUGAGUUCAAAGCUACACAGUGCAACUUGUUGGCCUACAUAAAACAUCACAGAGGUCAGAACGAGGAGGCGCUGAAAUGUUUGCAGCAAGCUGAAGAGUUAAUCCAGCGAGAGCACGCUGACCAAGCAGAAAUCCGAAGUCUGGUCACCUGGGGAAACUACGCCUGGGUCUACUAUCACAUGGGCAGGCUCUCAGAAGCUCAGGCUUAUCUAGACAAGGUCAGACAGGUGUGCGAGAAGCAUUCCAGCCCCUACAGAAUGGAGCAUCCUGAGAUGGAUUGUGAGGAAGGAUGGUCACAGUUAAAGUGUGGAAGAAAGCACGCCCAGAGGGCAAAGGUGUGUUUUGAGAAGUGCCUGGAAAAGGACCCGAAGAACCCAGAAUUCGCCUCUGGACUGGCAAUCUCGAGCUACCGUCUGGCUCACUUGCCAGUGCCUCAGAAUCCCAUUUAUGCGCUGAGGCAAGCCAUUCAUCUCAGUCCUGCCAACCAGUAUCUUAAAGUCCUCCUGGCUCUGAAACUUCAAAAGAUGAAUGAGGAAAAUGAAGCAGAGAGUUUAGUUAAAGAAGCUGUGGAGAAAGCCCCGUGUGCAACAGAUGUGCUUCAUGGUGCAGCAAUGCUGUAUCAAAGAAAGAAUGACCCGGACAAAGCUAUAGAACUGUUUAAAAAGGCUCUAGAAUGCUCACCAAACAAUGCCUACCUGCAUUACGAUAUUGGGAUGUGCUAUAGGGCAAAAGUCCACGAGUACCAGAAGAAUGAUCAGAAUGGAAUGUAUGGGGAAAGAGAGGAGUUGCAGGAACUAAUAGAGCACGCAGUGGAUCACUUGAAGAGAGCUGAUGAGCUCCAUGGAAAUCUCUCCAGUGUCUGCUCCCUUCUUGCCUGCCUCUACGCACAGGCCGGUCAGUACCAAGAAGCAGAGUAUUACUUCCAAAAAGAAUUCAGUAAAGAGCUCACGCCUGCAGACAAGCAACUGCUCCAUCUACGAUACGGCAACUUUCAGUGGUUUCAAAUGAAGUGCGAGAGCAAGGCCAUCUACCAUUUCAUAGAGGGUGUGAAGAUAAACCAGGACCCAAACGUGACAGAAAAGAUGAAAUACAAACUGCACUCUAUGGCCAACACCAGGCUUUCAAAAUACAGAUCAGAUCCUGUGGCUUUGCAUCUCUUGGAAUUUCUUGAGGCGCUGUGAAUGGGAAAAGGUAGUCGGCAGAUAACACCUCUCAGAGAGGUUUGGACUCUGGGCACAUUGUCCCUUCAGCAUCUUUAAGGGAGGAAUGAAGAAUUGGGAUGUGGUGCCCAUAGAACUGCUCCUGGAAGGGACCUGAAACCCCUCCUUCCAGUUAGUAUCAAAAUAUUAAUAAACAACCGCUGGGGUAUAGGCAUGGACUAACACACUGGCUGCAGUACUGGACUGGGGUUGGGCCAAGUGUUAACAGUUGAAUUGCUCAGGGAGUUCCAGGAGAGGGAGUAGAUGGGGGGAGAGUUGGGCAGGCCUGUGGCUUGGGACAGGGACUAUUUCCCAACUUAACUCUGGGGAGCAGUUUGUGCUCUGGGACAUUCUUUUAGUCAACUUUUGAGGGAGUUUGCCUUGGGUUUCUUUCGGUAAAGUGGCCAGAUUCCUCACAUCUGGAACACUGGCCUGUUUUGGCAAUGCUUUUCCACCGCUGGAGUUAUCUGAGAUUCUGUACAGGACUGGGCUACAUCCAUCCAAAGGCUGGGGGACCGAAGUUCAGAUAAGGCUGGGUGUCCUCUCUCUCCUCUGCCUUUUUUCUCCUCUGCCCCAGAUAACCCUCAAUUCAGACUGCGCUACACAGCAGCAGUUCAAUCGUCCUAUUACUGAGAUAGGAACACAGUUUGAAAAACGGAGCAGAGAAUAAGUUAAAUCCAGGAGGGACAUAUCUCGGAGAAGCGAUGGGGUCAAUCGAUCACAGGCAGAGUUUCGAGAGGCACCUGGGGAGGUUUUGCCUCCACUCUGCACUGCUGGUGAUCAUAAUACAACAGGUGAAGAAUUAAAAAAAAGGGGAAGGGGAUUCUGUAUAAUAUGUUAGAAAACAAAAUAAUACAUUUCUCUAAAACUUGUAUGGAAAAAUGUCUCACCAGCAGGGAUAGGAACAGGGUAGGCGAAAGAGAGAGGAAUGCUGGUUUGUCAUUGUCGAUUGUAAUCAUAUGGAGAAAUUUUCAUUUCCUGAGCCACUAUCAGAAAAAAUUCCCCUGUAGGAUGAAGACUUGCUUUGUUUAAAAAAAAUAAUAAUAAUAAUUUGAUGAGCCCAGCUUCAAGAUGAUAGGAAAGCAACUAA